UCUAAUGAUGCACAUCGAUUGCCCAGCGCGCACAGCUGCUCAUUUAUGGACACGAGGAUAUAAUAUAACUUAGGAAUGGAACGAUACACAAAGGCGCAUCUUUCGCAAUCCGUUUCAUUUCUCAGAUAAACACAUUUUUUUCCUCUGCUGCAGCUCGCGUUUUGGAUGGCAUGCUAUCACAAGAAAGGAGGAGCUCCCAUUUCCCCGCUGUAGUGUAGUAGUUCUCUGCGCUAUCGUAGACGAUAAAAUAGCCCAGUGCAGGUGAGCAUUUGAGUGAGUCUUCAAAGUUUUACUUGAAACGGUACUGCUUAGUUUACAGAAGAACUUCGUCAGGGAAGACACAAAUAAAUCGAAGAUUCGCACUUUGUGGUUUUUACAGGACACACUGAAUCUUAAGCGCUGUGACACCGAAAAACAGUAACAGCCACGUUCGAUCAAGCAAAAGCUUCUUACCACGUUUGGACAUCUCACAAGACCCUACCCUUCAGACCUCAGGAAACAUGUCAUCUCAAACUAAAUUCAAGAAGGACAAGGAGAUCAUAGGGGAGUACGAGACACAAGUGAAAGAGAUCCGUAACCAGCUCGUGGAGCAGUUCAAAUGCCUGGAGCAGCAGUCCGAGUCGCGCAUCCAGCUGCUGCAGGACCUGCAGGAGUUCUUCCGCCGCAAGGCCGAGAUCCAGCUGGAGUACUCCCGCAGCCUGGAGAAGCUGGCUGAGCGCUUCUCCUCCAAGAUCCGCAGCUCCCGCGAGCACCACCAGUUUAAAAAGGACCAGCACCUUCUCUCUUCCGUGAACUGCUGGUACCUGGUCCUGAACCAGACGAGGCGAGAGAGCCGGGAUCACGCCACGCUCAAUGACAUCUACACCAAUAAUGUCAUCGUGCGCCUGUCCCAGAUCAGCGAGGACGUCAUUAGACUCUUCAAGAAGAGCAAGGACAUUGGCAUACAGAUGCACGAGGAGCUGGUGAAGGUGACAAACGAACUCUACACUGUGAUGAAGACAUACCACAUGUACCACACGGAGAGCAUCAGUGCCGAGAGCAAGCUGAAGGAGGCGGAGAAGCAGGAGGAGAAGCAGUUCAGCAAAUCUGGCGACAUCAACGUCAACCUGCUGAGGCACGAGGACCGCCCCCAGCGCCGCAGCUCCGUCCGCAAGAUCGAGAAGAUGAAGGAGAAGAGACAAGCCAAGUAUUCUGAAAACAAGCUAAAAUGCACAAAAGCUCGGAACGACUAUUUAUUGAACCUGGCUGCUACAAAUGCCGUUGUGGCGAAAUACUACAUCCACGACGUCUCUGAUAUGAUAGACUGCUGUGACCUCGGUUACCAUGCCAGCCUGGCCCGCACCUUCAGAACGUACCUGUCGGCGGAGUACAACCUGGAGACGUCGCGUCACGAGGGCCUGGACAUCAUCGAGAAUGCCGUAGACAACCUGGAUGCCCGCAGCGACAAGCACAAGAUCAUGGACAUGCACAACCAGGUGUUCUGCCCACCCAUGCGCUUCGAGUACCUGCCCCAUAUGGGAGAUGAGGUGUGCCAGGUGAGUGCCCAGCAGCCAGUGCAGACGGAGCUGCUGAUGCGCUAUCACCAGCUGCAGUCCCGACUGGCGACGCUGAAGAUCGAGAAUGAAGAGGUGAGAAAGACUCUGGACGCCACCAUGCAAACCCUGCAGGACAUGCUGACGGUGGAGGACUUCGACGUGUCGGAUGCCUUCCAGCACAGCCGUUCCACCGAGUCCAUAAAGUCGGCCGCCUCCGAGACCUACAUGAGCAAGAUCAACAUAGCCAAGAGGAGGGCCAACCAACAGGAGACCGAAGUCUUCUACUUCACUAAAUUCAAAGAGUACCUGAACGGCAGUAACCUGAUCAUUAAGCUGCAGGCCAAACACGACCUCCUCAAACAGACGCUGGGAGAAGGAGAAAGGGCUGAAUGCGGAACAACAAGGCCCCCCACACUCCCCCCUAAACCACAGAAAAUGAGGAAACCUAGGCCUCGCUCCGUGUAUAACCAUAAGCUGUUUAACGGCAAUAUGGAGACCUUCAUCAAGGAUUCAGGUCAACCCAUUCCACUUGUGGUGGAGAGCUGCAUUCGAUACAUAAAUCUCUAUGGCCUGCAGCAGCAGGGCAUAUUCCGUGUCCCUGGAUCUCAGGUUGAAGUGAACGACAUUAAAAACUCAUUUGAAAGAGGUGAGGAUCCACUGAUUGACGAUCAGAGUGACCAUGACAUCAACUCCGUAGCCGGGGUUCUGAAGCUCUACUUCCGGGGACUGGAGAAUCCACUGUUUCCCAAGGAGCGCUUCCUGGACCUGAUAUCCACCAUCAAACUUGAAUCACCUGCUGAGAGAGCUCAUCACAUCCAGCAGAUUAUAGUCACUCUUCCUCGGACUGUCAUCAUUGUCAUGAGAUACCUGUUUGCCUUCCUCAAUCACCUGUCCCAGUACAGCGAUGAAAACAUGAUGGACCCCUACAACCUGGCCAUCUGCUUCGGCCCCACCCUCAUGCCCAUCCCCGACGGGCAGGACCCAGUGGCCUGCCAGGCCCACGUCAACGAGGUCAUCAAAACCAUCAUCGUGCACAACGAGGUCAUCUUUCCCAGCCACCGCGAGCUGGAAGGGCCCGUCUACGAGAAAUGCAUGACAGGAGGGGAGGAGUACUGUGACAGUCCCCACAGUGAGCCAGGCACUAUCGACGAGGUGGACAAUGGCACGGAGCCACACACCAGUGAUGAUGAGGUAGAGCAGAUCGAGGCUAUCGCCAAGUUCGACUAUGUGGGCCGCACCCCGAGGGAGCUGUCCUUCAAGAAGGGAGCGUCGCUGUUGCUGUACCACCGGGCGUCGGAGGACUGGUGGGAGGGGAGGCACAACGGCGUGGAUGGGCUGAUACCCCACCAGUACAUUGUGGUGCAGGACAUGGAUGACGCGUUCUCAGACAGUCUCAGUCAGAAGGCCGACAGUGAGGCCAGCAGCGGGCCCCUGCUGGACGACAAAGCCUCAUCCAAGAACGACGUCCAGUCCCCCUGCGAGCCGGACUACAGCUUUGGGGGGGUCAUGGGAAGGGUGAGGUUACGGUCCGAUGGGGCGGCCAUCCCACGUCGCCGCAGUGGUACCGACACCCACAGCCCCCCCAGGGGCACUGACACCCCCCCGCGGGCUGCGGCCUGCCCCAGCAGCCCCCACAAGGUGUCGGUGAACAGGGGCCGCGUGGAGAGCCCGGAAAAGCGGAGGCUGGGCACGUUCGGCAGCGUGGGCAGCAUCAACUACCCAGACAGGAAGGUCUACCCGGAGGGCCACCCGCUGAGGCCCACCCCUGGGGCCACACGCCACAGCAGCCUGGGGGACCAUAAGUCCCUGGAGGCCGAGGCUCUAGCAGAGGACAUAGAGAAGACCAUGACCACGGCCCUGCACGAGCUGCGGGAGCUGGAGAGGCAGAACACGGCCAAGCAGGCGCCGGACGUGGUGCUGGACACGCUGGAGCCCAUCAAGAACCCGGCGAGCUCGGAGCCGGCCAGCCCGCUGCACACCAUCAUGAUCCGCGACCCGGACGCCGCAAUGCGGCGCAGCAGCAGCUCCACAUCCGAGAUGAUGACCACCUUCAAGCCGGCGCUGUCGGCGCGGCUGGCGGGAGCCCAGCUGCGCCCCCCGCCCAUGCGGCCCGCCCGCCCCGCGCCCGUGCAGCACCGCUCCAGCAGCUCGUCCUCCUCCGGCGUGGGGAGUCCCGCCGUCACGCCCACCGAGAAGGUCUUCCCCAACAACUCCUCGUCCUCCGACAAGUCCGGCACCAUGUAGCCCCGCCCCUGCCCCGCGGCUGCGGUAUGAGCACACACACACACACACACACACCACACAC